AAAAAAAAAAAAAAAAUGUCUUCGGAAAAAUUUAAAGAAAUCAACGUGUUUAUUAAAAUUAUUGAUAGCUCAGGUUGCAUUAUAAAAAAAUUAAACCCGGAUGAUCGUUUAUCCGAAAUUCGUAAGGAACUCGAAAGUAGAAAUGACAUUGAUGAUAUGCUUUUAUUUUCAAAAAAAAAAAAUGAUGACGAAUUUGGUGAGCUGAAACGUGAAGAUGAAGAAAAGUUUCCAUUAAAUGAAAUUAUAACAGUUGAAAAUGGUCUAGAUACUUUAUACUUGAAACGAAUUUAUUGGGAAUUCUUAAACAGGCAACACAAACUAGAUUAUGGGCGAAUUAUGAGUUUUGAUGGAAUAAAAAUAGCUAAGAAACAAGCAUAUAAAAUAAGUAAAUGUGAGUUAAAAGAAAUUAAUAGCUAUAAAAAAGGUCAUCUGGAAUUUGAAUCAAAAGAAGAUUGGAUGAAAAAAACAAAUUUAUUUUUUGAUGUCGACGGGAUUAACGU